AUCGUGGCUUCCGCUCUUAAGUUACACGCAGAUAUACAAGCCACACCGUCUUCUGGGUCUGUCAUUGUCGACAACAUUGGCCUCUCGCCACUUAUUCUUGCCGCUCUUGGGUUCCUACAUCAAGCUCGGUCUGUCCGGGGGUCUAUCCGUAGCGAGAAAAUCGAGUGGCUCGCAGUUCUUCAAAUUCACGUUCUCGUCACCGCCGGCUUGGCUUUGAUCGCUGUCGGUAUCUCUUCUUUACUCGGCACAGACCCAUCAGACUCCGACUGGGCCCUUCUGAAAGCUGGGUUUGCCAUUGUCUUUAUCGGAUGGGGCUUAGUCUCUACAGGCACUCUGUUUUCAUUUCGACGUCCAGCUUUAUACCAUGAAAUUGACAGCAAUGUCUUCUGCGAUGGAACAAUCCUCCUCAAUGCCGUUUUCUUCUCUCUCCCUUUCAUUCUGUUACGUGCAAUCUAUGGUUCCAUCAGUCUCUUUGGGUCCGGCAACUCCAUCGGCUCUUCGUCAUUCUCGUCUAAUGUUGCAGCAGAUGUGAUUAUGAAUGUUCUUCCUCAGCUUUUUGCUGUAAUUAUUUAUGUCGUCGCUGGUCUGCGUACA